AUGGAGUUGAGGAAGGAGGAAGGCGAAGACAACAUAUUGAACGAACGGCAUUUUUUGCCUACUAGCUUGGCAAGGAAUCCUUCAUCGGAUCUGAAGAUGGAGGACAUGCUGACUCUAAGCGAAAUUGAGACUUCAACAGCAGCUAGAGACAUAGAUGCAAUUGAAGAACAUAUGCCAACCCCUAAUGCAUUCGAAGCUGGUUCUUCUAUGGGAAAUAAUUCAAGAAAUGCAUCUCUAGGUGAGGAAGAAUCUGAUGAGGAGGAUGCCAGGUCAUCUCAUGAGUUCAAUAAUAAACGAAUUGUUCUACAAAGGUUCACGAUAUAUAACUCCUUGAAGACUAUGUACAUCGUUGGAAGUAAUGCGAAAGAGAACUUGUUUAGAGUUCUUGAGGUGGGCCAGGAUCCGGGCGAACCAGAUGCACUUUUAAUAAUUGAAGACAAGAGCUACUUUUACACUAGAAAAGAUAUGAUUGAACUUAUAAAUGAAUUGAAUGAUUCGAUAGAAGGCGGGAUUCAUAAGAUAUCUAGAGGAUAUGGUCUUUUAGGUUUUAUCAAAUUUACAAAAGGGUAUUACUUGAGCAUUAUUACGAAGUGCAGUCAGGUUGCUAUUUUAGGAGGUCAUUAUGUUUAUCACGUUGAUGAAACUAAAUUAAUUCCUUUAGACGUCAAUUAUAGGAAGCCUGAAAAGUAUAGCGAUGAGGAAAAGCUUCUAUCUAUAUUCAAGUACUUGGACUUGGGAAAGACUUUUUAUUUCAGUUACACCUAUGACAUAACAAAUACAUUGCAAACGAAUUUUUUGAGAAAUAAAAAGCUUGCAACAGAAUACCAGUUCAUGAGUCGUCGCGAUUAUACAUUCAAAGGGCAUGCCGACCAAUCCAAUAUAUUUGAACUAAAUGACCGAUUUGUAUGGAAUAAUCUUUUAUUGGAGCCUAUUUUAAAAAAUAAUGAGGUAGCUAUUUACGAGUGGUUUCAGCCAAUCAUUCAUGGAUUCAUUGAUCAAGCAAAUAUUUCAAUCUACGGUAAAAAGAUUUUCAUCACACUAAUUGCUAGACGGUCCCACCAUUUUGCUGGUCCACGGUUUUUGAAAAGAGGUGUAAACGACGAAGGGAACGUAGCCAAUGAAGUUGAGACGGAGCAAAUAGUUUCCGACAUGUUGGUGACGCCCUUUCAUGAUCCAAAAUACGGCUUUUACAACAAUCCAAGGUACACAAGUUUUGUUCAGCAUAGAGGCUCUAUUCCCUUAUAUUGGACUCAGGAUUUAAACCGUCUACCAAAACCACCUAUUGAAAUUAAUCUUUCAGAUCCAUUUUACCAAAGCUCAGGACUUCAUUUUAAUAAUCUUUUUGAACGAUACGGGUCACCUAUUAUAAUAUUAAACUUAAUAAAAGCGAAAGAAAGACAGCCAAGAGAGCUGAAAUUAAAUCAAAGUUUUUCCAAUUGUAUCAAUUACUUAAAUCAAUUUUUACCUGAGCGGCAUAAAUUACAAUUCAAUUGCUUCGAUAUGUCCAAAAACUCGAAGAAAAAUUUGGAUGUAAUUGGCCCUUUAAAAACAAUAGCCUCUUCUUCGAUUAAACAAAUCGGCUUUUUCCACAACGGAACUGAUAUAGCAUCCACCAAAAUUCAGAAAGGUAUUAUCAGAACCAAUUGCAUAGAUUGCCUUGAUAGAACAAAUGCUGCGCAGUUCAUAACUUGCAAAGAAGCCUUGUCUCACCAAUUAGUAAGUCUUGGCCUUAUUUCAGAGUCUCAAACACUUGAUUACGAUUCCGAUUUAAUAAACAUUUUAACUGAAAUGUUUCACGAUCAUGGAGAUACCAUUGCUGUCCAAUACGGGGGAUCGAAUUUAGUCAAUACUAUGGAUUCAUAUCGUCGAAUAAAUCAGUGGUCAUCGCAUACGAGAGAUAUUUUGAAUAGCAUCAAAAGGAUAUAUUCCAAUUCAUUCAUGGAUCUGAUAAGACAGGAAGCUAUCAAUCUAUUCCUAGGGAAUUACGUUUAUGAUUUCAUGAAACCAAAGUUAUGGGAAUUGCAAAACGAUUUUUAUUUGCACAAUAAAAAUUUCAUCAAAGAUGUUCGCUUUAAACUUAGCUAUAUUCAUUGGUAUAACGAAAACUACUUAUCUGAUCGCAGAGCAUCGUUGGCCUUGAUAGCGCAAAGGUUUGCGAGUGUUGCCCUUGGUCAAAAGAAGCUUGAACCAUAUCCUGACUAUAACGACAACUGGUACAAUGAGAGCUACGUUCCUCGAAGGUUUCAAUCCUUAAGUGAGCUCUUUCAGUUCAAUAUGAACUCGAAUGCUAGAUAUUUUCCAUCAAAUAUUGACAACAGCAGAGACAAAAACUUUGACUACAGUCCAUUUGAAUCGCGAAAUCCUUUGGUACAGAAGCAGGCAGCAUCGUCUUCUGAGCAACAAUCCUCACAAAACGGAAAAUCAAAUAUAGAGUAUCUUGAAAAUAUCUGCAACGGCAAUGAUACUUUAAGUCAAUAUGACGAGAAACAGGACCAUAGUGACCUUCCUGAAGAUCGCCAUAUUGUGUCUGAGUUAAAACAUGAUCAUCACUUUCCUCUUGAAUACACAUAUGGACCUAAUUACAAAAAGUUGGCAAAUUCAAGGAGGCUUAAAAACUUUUUAGCUGAAAAAAUUGAAAAAUUGGGUUACAGUGCUAAAGCACAUAGCAGAGACGUUAUUGCUAAAUCAGAAGAACCAUAUUCAUCCCAAAGUGAACAAAACAUUUCAACACCGUCAUCUGUUCUGCUCCCAAAUAAGACCCAUGAAGAAUUUCUACUCGAUCUCAAAGUAAGUGAAAAGAAUCGUGAUAUCUAUGCUUCAAACAUAAGAUUUACCCAACUAUUGCCAACAUUAGAGGCUACAGAGCAGUACAAAUUUCAAACAGAAUCAUCAAUACCAAGAGACAGAGAAUGUAUACUGUACGAGCUGUCUUCGGGAUUAGCUCUAAUUACAAAGGUAAGCCAUACAGAUGAACGUCUCGAGCUGCUUUCUACUGAUAGCCGUAAACACGUUGAUCCAAAUGACAUUCAUAUUUAUGCACGUUAUCUAGGUAUAGAAGAUGAAGUGGGCUUAGCUACAGAAGAUAACUAUUUCAAAUAA